CAUUCGGCUGACGCGGAACUCCUUCGCGGUCAUUCUUCAGAAUGUGCAAUGCGGGACAGCCGUGUCGUGCGCCAAGACAGUCACCAUUACGUUCGGCGAGGAGGCUGUGACGUUGACUAAAUCCUACCCAGUUCCCACAACUAAGCCAAAGCUCAAAGAUCAGCAUCAGAACCGAUGGUCUUUUCGUCGUGGCUUCGCCUGCAAAACGGCAUCACUGUUUACUGGGACAGACAGAGCAGAGUGUACGUAGUAGCUGAACCAGAGUGGCAGGAUAAGGUACAAGGUCUAUGCGGCAACUUCAAUGUCGACGGCAAGGGACGAGUUCCAAGUCCUGCAGAGGGCCCCGUUCUGCCCAGCGUGGCUGAAUUCGUUUCAUCCUGGCAACUGUACGACUACUGCGAGCCAGCCAAGCCUACUCCCGAAAUCUGCAAGCCCGAACGGCAACAAUGGGCAGUUAAGAAGUGUCGUGUCCUCUAUGAGGAUGUCUUCGAACCCUGUCACAGCGUGGCCGAUGUUGUGCCGUACUACGAGAGAUGUGUAUCCGACACCUGUGGCUGCGACAUUGAGGGGACUGCGAAUGUCUGUGCACAACGAUAGGGGCGUACGCCCACGAGUGUGCCAACCGCGGUGCUCCCAUACGUUGGCGCUCCCAAGACCUCUGCCCUGUACAAUGCGAGAAGUGCGUCGAGUAUACCGCUUGCGUCGCCACUGCCCGCAGCCGUCGUGCGACAACCUUACUCCCGAACCGUGUCCCGAACCAGACAUGUGUCUGGAAGAGCUGCCAACGCGCACGCUGCCCAGCCGGUCAGGUCUACAGGAACGCGACGGACCACACUUGCAUUCCAUAACAGACUGCGAAGAAAUCAAACCAGAGUACUGCGUCGUCGUCGGCGACAAAGUUUACAGCGAUGGGCAGCGGAUGCCAAGUCCGGAUCCUUGUGUGUCCUGCUUCUGCCAUGGUGGUCAAAAGAACUGCUUGGAGUACCCUGCGGGGGAGCAAAAGAAUGCAUAGUCAACGGCUGGACAGAGUGGUCAGCACGUUCAACCCAGUAGACACGUUUGGCGACGAGCGCGAACCAAUCCAAGCUCUGGCAAAGUUCUGUCCGUUGCGCAACGUGGAGGCAGUCGAGUGCAGGACAGUGCAAGGAAAGAUUCCCUCCUUCGAGGCAAGAGACGACGUCAGAUGCGACCGAUACACAGGACUGACAUGUCUCAAGCCCCCGUGCCAAGAUUUCGAGAUUAGGGCACGCUGCGUCUGCGAAGAAACAACAACAUCUAUCGUCCCUACAACGCCAUCCGUACCAGGUGAAUGCCCCGAAGGAAGUGUUGGGCGAGUGCAGCGUCCGAUGUGACCAAACAUGCGCCCCACUAUCAUUACCAGCUGUACCAAAAAGGUCACUGCAGUGACGACAUCGAGUGCAUGAGGGAUGCACAACCGAAGAGUGCAAGCCAGGCAGUCUUCGUUUUGACAAGGGACACCUGCGUGCCAGUCAACCAGUGCCCGUGUGUAACUCCCGAAGGCACAGUAGUUGCGCCAGGUGCUACCUUCGAAGGUGAGGAUGAAUGCGAACUGUGCCAGUGCGCUGACAACACCAUUGUCUGUGCAAGACUUCAAGACUUGCGGUGGAGAACCUACGACAGUUCUGCCUCCAACAGUGUGGACACCGGUCCCAGGGAAGUGCUGGUCCGAAUGGUUGACUACGACACGCCACAAGGGCCCGGUGACUUCGAAGACAUCCGUACUGCCAAGUUCAGAGGCGACAUCUGCGUCGACCCGAUCGCCGUACAAUGCAGAACAGCUGAAGAUAAACUGGACUGGCACGACGCUGGACAGCGAGUGACGUGUGAUUUGAGCAAAGGGUUUGAAUGCUGGAACAAAGAAAACGAAGGAGCCUGCAGGGAUUACGAAGUGCGCUACUACUGCGCGUGUAAAGAAGAGCCCACGUCAACUACGCCAGUUUCUAUAACCACGCCAGUCCCUAUAACCACGCCAGUACCUCCUCCACUUGAGUGCUUUCACGGAUGGACUGAAUGGUACAACGAGCGCGAACCUACUACAGCCGGUGACUUCGAAACACUUCAGGACGUCAGAGAACAAGGAGGCCUGGAAUGCGAAAAUGCGACGGCCAUUGAAUGCAGAACUGCUGUUACAAAGCAAUCCGUGGAAGAAAUCGGCCGACCCGGUGUCAUAUGUGACCUCCAGAGGGGGCUCGUGUGCGAGAACACUGGGGUGGUCGGUGUUCCACCCUGCCCUGACUUCGAAGUGCGGUUCUUCUGCGAUUGUGGCUACCCACCGCCACCGCCUCUAUUAAUCACGACGACAGAGCUUCCACCUACUACAACAAUUGAGGGAGGAAUUACUACGCUUAAGCCGUGCUCUUACUGGAGCGAAUGGAUCGACGAAGGCAAUCCUGGGGCAGCAGAGUCCGAGGGAGACCGUGAAGUUGGCUUCGAGGCCCAAGAAAAGCUGCGCGGUUUCUGCAACGGGCCCGUGACGGACAUCGAGUGCCGAGACGUAGAACUGGACCUGCCCUAUGACUCCGUCGGACAGGUUAACUAUGUCUGCAACGUGCACGAUGGAUUCUUUUGCCGAAAUGCAGACCAGACCUCCGGAGUUUGCCGAAAUUACAAGGUCCGCUUCUUCUGUGCUUGCGAGGAAGGCGAGACUACAACUAUCGUUGUCACACCUCCGACCCGACCACCGCCGCAACUAGGCUGCGACAGCUUCAUCUACCUCGUCACCGGACCCGAACCGGUCCCGGACACCGCACUUGUCGCAUCGAGCAGCCUGGAUUACACAACUGGGCCUGAUCAAGCCAGGUUGACACCCGAACGGGAAGGUUGGACCCCCAGGUUCAAUACGAAGGAAGAGUACAUCGGAGUAAAGCUGGAUCCACCGAGAACCGUCUACGGCAUAGUAACCUUGGGCAACCUCCCCAAAAAUCAAAUGGUGACGUCAUACACUGUCCGGUACAGCCUCGACGACGUUGUAUUCCGCAACGUUGUGAACCCAGACGGAACACCAAAGGUGUUCAGUGGGAAUUACUAUCCCACCAUCGAGUCUCGCGUUGUCUUCGAUGCUCCUUUCGAAGCAAAGACCGUGGUCAUUCAACCCGUAACUUGGGAGGGAGGAAUUUCUCUCAAGUUUGACUUGCUGGGAUGCGCUUACGUCACUAUAACUGCGCCACCGCCAACCUCCGGAGGCCUUCUAGAGUGCAUCGAGGACAUGGAGGAAGAAUACGGGGGAGUCUCUGACGAACAGAUCUCUUCUUCAUCCCAGAAGGACGACGAGCACACAGCCCAUCACUCACGACCUGACUCGCACGCGUGGCUUCCCGCUAUUGCUGAUAAGAACCAAUACGUCCAGGUGGACUUCCUGGAACCAGUGAAUGUCACAGGGGUGGAAACGCUGGGACGUCCAGAUGCUCCACAGUGGACGACUUCGUACAAGGUCUACACAAGCCUUACGGGUGACACGUGGACACCAAUACGAGACGAGAACGGCGAUGAUUUGGUAUUCUCUGGGAACUACGACAGCACUUCGAGAGUACGAAACCUAUUACGCAAGAGGGUGGUGGCACGCUUUGUACGCGUCAACCCAUUAACGUGGAAGAACUGGGCCGCUCUAAGGUUCACGGUGUUGGGCUGUCGUCCAGGCAAAGAGGGAACGACCCCAGUACCACCACCACCACCACCCGUCUUUCAAUGUCCACCAGGCAUGGAUAUCACCGGCUUGUUCCCGCACCCGACAGACUGUAGCAAGUACUAUCAGUGCGAUCACGGAAUCACCACAGAGAAACACUGCUCUGGUAUACUGCACUUCAACCCUGUCCACAAAGUGUGUGACUGGCCAGAGUCAGCAGGAUGCUUCAUUACGGAGGGUACACCGCCACCAGUAACUACUACAGAGACCCCUCCAUGGGUUUCAACCCCGGGGCCUACACCUAUUCCAGAUCCCUGCAAGCAGAAGGGACCUUUCGUCAGCACGUCAGAACCGACACUGGUCAACGAAGGCGACAUCGAAGACAUCCAGGAAAUCAUUAGACAGUCAGGCACAUGCGACGAUCCUAUCGACAUCGAAUGUGUGGAAUACGCGACUGGCGCUGAUUACCGGCAACUUGGACAGAAGGUCACUUGCGAUUUGACGCACGGUUUGAGAUGUCUCAACAGCGAGCAGAAAGGCGGUGUUCGGUGUGCAAACUACAAGGCCCGGAUCACGUGCUAUAUCUGCGAAAUAACAGCAACACCACUUCCGCCAACUGUGGCGCCACCGGUUCCACUGUGCCCAGAAGUACCGCGAGUGAAUGGGACGGCAUGUCCUGCGUCAUGUCCCGUAGGAUUCGCAUGCGACGGCAGAAAAUGUGUGGACGAGGCUACGUGCGUCUGCGUACGAGAGGGCAAGUUCUUCGAGGUGGGCGACGUCCUGGAAACAUCAACGUGCCAGCACUGCAUGUGCCAACUUAACGGCAGAUCAAGCUGUGAACCGAAGCAGUGUCCUCCAUGUCCAAAGGGAAGAACGGUGGAUAUACUUGCUGACUGCACCUGCUCAUGUUCGCCUUGUCUUCCGAACUCCCGACUGUGUCCUUCGUCCGACGAAUGUAUGAUUGAACAGCAGUGGUGCGAAGUCUGCCCCGAAGCCAAAGAAGAACCCGAAUGCGAAGUUGGCGUGCAACCCUGCAAACCUAGCUUUAAACCGCAGUGUCCCGAGGGUCAGGAGCCUGUACUUGAGACAAUUAACCUUUGCGAUGUGUGGAAAUGCGUGAACGUGACGGUGCCUCCUGAGGAACCCGAGAAAGGAAUCUGCAUCGUUUACGGCAAGUACAUCAAUACCUUUGAUGACCGGGAAUACGAGUAUGACUACUGCGACCACGUCCUAGUGAAGACGAAGGAGUUCUCCAUUCUGCUCACACGACGAUGUGACUUCGCGAACGCCACAUGCCACAAGGAGGUGACGAUCUUACAUGACAGCCACGUCAUCAAGAUCUCCGACACCGAAAACGUCACCAUCAACGGCUACUUGUACGAGAUCUGCCAACUGGACUUGUUCCACAAGCUGAACCCAGAAUACCGUGUUGAGGUGCUGGGCGAUCAAGUCUACUUCACGUCGCUGAAAUACCAUUUCGUCGUCAAAUUUGACGUCCAAGGCAAUGUGUUUAUCCAGGCUACCAGGUGGCCCAAGUUGACCUACGUUGGCCUCUGCGGCAACUUCAACGGGGACGCCAAGGACGACUACAGAAUACCCGGCGGAGAGGUGGUGGACACGACCCUCAAAUUCGGUGACUCGUGGCGUGUGCCCGGUUCCAAUGUCGUGUGUGAGCCUCGCACAUGUCCACAAGAAGUCGUCGUAGACGCUGCCAACUUGUGCAACCUAGUCAGAGAGGAGUUCCACAAGUUCUGCCCACAGGACAAUGACAACGCCGCAAGGUGCUUGAAUGCAGUAUGCGAAUGCCGGCUGUCGGGCAAGACACCUGAUGAGUGCGUGUGCGAUCAACUUCAAUAUGCUGCAGCUACGUGUGCAUCACAUCUUCCGGAACCAUUGACUGCUUGGCGCGUGAAACACGGAUGUGUGCCCACAUGUCCACCCUCUAUGGUGUGGCAGGAGUGCGGCCAGAGCUGCCAGACGACGUGCGAGAGCCUGCUGAGCGGUGAAGAAUGCAACUCUGUAAAGCAUUGUAACCCAGGGUGCUACUGUCCGGCAGGAACUGUACUUGACAACAGGAACGUGUGCAAAAAGGCGGACAAGUGCACUAACAAGGUAUGCUCAGGUUACGGCGACCCAACGAUCCACACGUUCGACGGCGUGAUGUAUCAGGUUCGACCCGACGGCAACUUUAAGCUAAUGGGUGACUCGCUCCGUGGCUUCGACGUCGAAGUCGUCGUUAGCGACUGCGGCGGUACAAAGAGAACGUGCUUCAGCGGCCUCAACGUCCAAUACCGUGAAAACAACGUACAGAUCCGAAAAGACCAAAGCGUCGUGAUCAACGGACGAUCGUACACGGCCGCAGAACUGCCUUGGACAGAGCGAAAAAUCAAGGUGUUUGUCCUACCCGGACCAAACACCGUGGUCUACCUCUACGACCUUGGCAUCCAGCUCCGCUACAGCGACCUGAACGCUGCGUUCUCAGCCCACGUGAGCUCCAGUGUGUGCUACAACAGAUUCGAAGGACUGUGCGGAAACUGUAAUAACGUUCAAGAUGACGAUGAACCACCCACAGAUCUAGACGAGUGGGUGUGCCAGUGGGAAACUAAGGCUGAUUAUCACCAGUGCAUGACCGAUAUCCUGGUCAAGGAACCAACGAUAACGCCUCCCCCUCCGGAUAUCUGCAACACUUUGUUGGACAAGACGGUGUUCCGGAAGUGCCUUUCAAUCGUAGAAGUUGACAUCUACAGGGACCAGUGCCUGAACGACGCCAGCUUCAAUGAAAACCAUCGUGAGGCUGUCUGUGAUUCCCUCAUAGAGUAUUCCCGCGCCUGCUGCAGGGCCGACGUCGACAUUGAAGACUGGUGGGUCAAGGCCGGCUGCAACGUGACCUGUUCUGGCGGAAGUGUGUACCGGAUGUGUCAUUCUGCCUGUCCCCAGAAGUGCUUCGAACCAUCGUUGGAAGUAGAAGGAAGCCUUGAGCUGGAUGACUGCGAGAAUAUCUUCGUAGAUGGCUGCUUCUGCCCCGAAGGACAAGUACUACAGAAUGGAGUUUGCCAAGACAAAAGCGUUUGCGAGGUGUGCGACGCAGGGGAAUCCAAUGUAAUCAAGGUUGGUGAAAGUUGGAAACCUAGCCCGUGUACGACAUGCACCUGCAACGAGGGUCGCAUCCUCAAUUGCAAGAACGAAAUCUGUCCCCCCGCGCCCGUUUGCAAGGAAGGAGAAAGACUGGUUCGUCAGGAGAACAAUGAUCCUACCCGCUGUUGCCAGGUGCUGUACUGCGUAUUUGAAGAAGAAGUGUGCCCGGAGGUACUCGUACCGCAGUGUGCACCAGGCGAAGUGGCCAAGGUCAGGCUGGUAGACAACUGUCCCGCCUACUACUGCGAAUGCGAUCCUGCCCUGUGUCCACAAGUCCAGUGGCCGAUCUUAGAACCCGGACAAGAAGUGAUAAUGGUUCCGAAAGAGUGCUGCGCCAGUUUGGAAAUCGUUUGCAAGCCGGAGCAGUGUCCUGUCGCUCCAGUGUGCAAGGAAGGAACCGAAUUGGAAACCAUACCCGGAGAGUGCUGCAAUUCUUUCAAGUGCAGACCACCACCAGAGAAAUGCGUCUACGUCCAUCAGUUCGAAGUCGUAGAGGGCGAAGAAAUUGCCGUCCCACCUUCAGAACAGACACCGACCGUCUAUCCACCGGAGAGCUCUUGGAAAGAUGGUCUGUGCCGUAUGUGUGCCUGCGAUUCUAACGGAGAUCAGUUCAUACCACGUUGUAACGUGACAUUAUGCCCUGAUCCGAACGAUCUUCCUGACGACAAGGACUACGUACUUACCACUUAUCAAGUGCCUGGAGCAUGCUGUCCUACUAUAGUGCGCCUGCUGUGUAAGGACGAGUUCGGGAACUCGCGCACCACUGACGAACGAUGGCAGUCAAAAGAUGACCCGUGCAAAUCUGUGGAGUGCGAACAAAACGAGUAUGGCGAAGCCCACAAAGUGGAACAUACCAUCACCUGCCCAGCAUGUCCUAAAAACACAGAAAGGGUACCACUGGAGCCCGGCGAGUGCUGCGCCGCGUGCAGACAGACAGCGUGCGAGGAAGGCGGCAUCCUGUACCCCGAAAACAGUGUGUGGAAUUCGACGACGCGCGAGUGCUACGUUGCCCAAUGUACUCGACAGUUCGGCGAACUGGUGAUCACGUACACCAGUCCUCCGUGCGCACCCGUACCUCCAGAAUGCCCACAGGACAAAAUUGUCUUCGACAAGGAAAAGUGCUGCAUGAUCUGCACCGUCCCCAUUGUGGUGGAGGAACAGUGUGUCCCAGUGGCUAUCCUACCACGAAACACUGUAGGUCUGUUCGUGUUUGACGACGAAGUACGAGGGCGAUGCGUCAACGAGAAGCCAGUCGUGGGCGCCUACGAAUGCGUAGGGACAUGCGUGUCGCGUGCACGCUACGGAAAGGGUGACACUGAAGUUUUCGAUCCAGAUUGUAAGUGCUGCACGCCGACGUCAUGGGCGCCUACGGAAAUACGCCUGUCAUGCCCGAACGGCGAUAGAAUUUCCAAGCGGUUCAAUCGGCCAGUUCAAUGCAAGUGUCAGCCGUGUGCUGGGAAGUCCCAUUUGGACAUUACAACCCCUGAUGGGAAACCUGGUGGUGGAGGCGAAGAGGGAAUCGUGACGCUCCCAGGUGAGAAGGAGAUAGAACAGGUCACCCAAGGACCUUGGCCAUUUGAACAAGUCACCCAAGGACCCACGCAGUGGGAACCAGUCACCCAAGGGCCUUGGCCAUUUGAACAAGUCACCCAAGGACCUUGGUCAUGGCCGGACGUCACCGAAAGACCUUGGGGACAAGUCACCCAAGCCCCUUGGCCUGGAUAUCCUGAUGUAGGUGUCGGUGGAGGAGGCAGUAUUGGUGGGGGAGUAGGAGUCGACGCGACUGGAGGAAGCGGUAACUUAGAAGUAGGUGUUGGCGGGGUAGGAGGAGGAGGAAACAUCGGAGUAGGUGUUGGUGGUCAUAUCGGCGUUGGGGGUGUCGGAGGAGGAGGUGGAGUAAGCAUCGGUGGUGGAAUAGGGGGCAGCCUUGGAGGAGAAAGCGGUCUUGGAGUAGGCGUUGGUGGUGGACUGGGAGUUGGCGGUGUAGGAGGACAGGGUGGCCUUGGAGUAAACGUCGGUGGUGGACUGGGAGGCAGUCUCGGAGGAGAAAGCGGUCUUGGAGUAGGCGUUGGUGGUGGACUGGGAGUUGGCGGUGUAGGAGGACAGGGCGGCCUUGGAGUAAGCGUCGGUGGUGGACUAGGGGGCAGUCUCGGAGGAGAAAGUGGUCUUGGAGUAGGCGUUGGUGGUGGACUGGGAGGCAGUCUCGGAGGAGAAAGCGGUCUUGGAGUAGGCGUUGGUGGUGGACUGGGAGUUGGCGGUGUAGGAGGACAGGGCGGCCUUGGAGUAAACGUCGGUGGUGGACUAGGAGGCAGUCUCGGAGGAGAAAGCGGUCUUGGAGUAGGCGUUGGUGGUGGACUGGGAGUUGGCGGUGUAGGAGGACAGGGCGGCCUUGGAGUAAACGUCGGUGGUGGACUGGGAGGCAGUCUCGGAGGAGAAAGCGGUCUUGGAGUAGGCGUUGGUGGCCAACUGGGAGUUGGCGGUGUAGGAGGACAGGGCGGCCUUGGAGUAAGCGUCGGUGGUGGACUAGGGGGCAGUCUCGGAGGAGAAAGCAGUCUUGGGGUAGGCGUUGGUGGUGGACUGGGAGGCAGCCUUGGAGGAGAAAGUGGUCUUGGAGUAGGCGUUGGUGGCCAACUGGGAGUUGGCGGUGUAGGAGGACAGGGCGGCCUUGGAGUAAGCGUCGGUGGUGGACUGGGAGGCAGCCUUGGAGGAGAAAGCGGUCUUGGAGUAGGCGUUGGUGGCCAACUGGGAGUUGGCGGUGUAGGAGGACAGGGCGGCCUUGGAGUAGGCGUCGGUGGUGGACUGGGAGGCAGCCUUGGAGGAGAAAGCGGUCUUGGAGUAGGCGUUGGUGGCCAACUGGGAGUUGGCGGUGUAGGAGGACAGGGCGGCCUUGGAGUAAGCGUCGGUGGUGGACUAGGGGGCAGUCUCGGAGGAGAGAGCGGUCUUGGGGUAGGCGUUGGUGGUGGACUGGGAGGCAGCCUUGGAGGAGAAAGUGGUCUUGGAGUAGGCGUUGGUGGCCAACUGGGAGUUGGCAGUGUAGGAGGACAGGGCGGCCUUGGAGUAAGCGUCGGUGGUGGACUAGGGGGCAGCCUUGGAGGAGAAAGCGGUCUUGGGGUAGGCGUUGGUGGUGGACUGGGAGGCAGCCUCGGAGGACAAAGCGGUCUUGGAGUAAGCGUCGGUGGUGGACUAGGGGGUAGCCUCGGAGGACAAAGCGGUCUUGGAGUAGGCGUUGGUGGUGGACUGGGAGGCAGCCUCGGAGGACAAAGCGGUCUUGGAGUAGGCGUUGGUGGCCAACUCGGCGUUGGUGGCCAAGUCGGAGUUGGUGGUGUAGGAGGAGAGAGUGGCCUUGGAGUAAGCGUCGGUGGUGGACUAGGAGGCAGCCUCGGAGGACAAAGUGGUCUUGGAGUAGGCAUUGGUGGCCAACUAGGUGUCGGUGGUGUCGGCGGACAUGGCGGUGCUGAAGUUGGCGUUGGUGGCCAAUUAGGUGUUGAGGGAGGUGGUACUCAACAAGGCCGCUUCUUGAGCGGGUUCACGGACACUUUUUUCGGCUAGCAUAUGUCGAGAAGCGACCCAACCCCGACACGCCCCCAAAAGCAGACCUUUCACCUGAAGCAUGACAUCUCCAGAACCUGCUUCUCGAUGUCGCAAUGAGCACAUUUUUGUACCGUUACUAGAGCACACGUUUCACUUACUCAAGUUACCCUCCUGUCAGUGUGCAUGAAAGGUAAAUAAAUGUUACAUUUGCAACCAGA